UGACGCAGGCAGGUCUGUAGCCUAAACUUCAAAAGCCCGCCCCUGGGAGUGGCGGGGGUGAGGAAACGAGGUCUAGUCGUGCGCCUGCGUACUGAGGUCGGACGGCAGAGGUCUCCCGGCGACCCCUCGCAAGCUCUGCAAACCGCGCGAGAUUUCCUCCCGAGCUCCUCGGCGGAGUUAUUUUAUACAGAAGUCUUGUGAGACCACUGUGCAAACAAGGUGAUGAUUGUACAAAGAGUGGUAUUGAAUUCCCGACCUGGAAAAAAUGGUAAUCCAGUGGCGGAAAAUUUCCGAGUAGAAGAAGUAAACUUACCAGAUAAUAUCAAUGAAGGACAAGUACAAGUCAGAACUCUUUACCUUUCUGUGGAUCCUUACAUGCGUUGUAGAAUGAAUGAAGACACUGGCAGUGACUAUAUAUCACCUUGGCAGCUGUCUCAGGUGGUUGAUGGUGGAGGUAUUGGGAUUAUAGAAGAAAGCAAACACACAAAUUUUACUAAAGGCGAUUUUGUGACUUCUUUCUAUUGGCCCUGGCAAACCAAGGUUAUUCUAGAUGGAAAUAUCCUUGAAAAGGUAGACCCACAGCUUGUGGAUGGACACCUUUCAUACUUUCUUGGAGCUAUAGGGAUGCCUGGUUUGACUUCCUUGAUUGGGAUACAGGAAAAAGGUCAUAUAACUGCUGGAUCUAAUCAGACAAUGGUUGUUAGUGGGGCUGCUGGUGCUUGUGGAUCCUUAGCUGGGCAGAUUGGCCAUUUGAUGGGCUGUUCCAGAGUUGUGGGAAUUUGUGGAACACCUGAGAAGUGCCUCCUUUUGACCUCAGAACUGGGCUUUGAUGCUGCAAUUAAUUAUAAAGAGGGGAGUGUGGCAGAACAACUCCGUGAAUUAUGCCCCUCUGGAGUGGAUGUUUACUUUGACAAUGUUGGCGGUGACAUCAGCGAUACAGUGAUAAGUCAGAUGAAUCAGGACAGCCACAUCAUCCUAUGUGGUCAAAUUUCUCAGUACAACAAAGAUGUGCCUUAUCCUCCUCCACUACCCUCUGCUGUAGAAGCAAUCCGGAAAGAAAGAAACAUCACAAGAGAAAGAUUUCUGGUGUUAAAUUUUAAGGACAAAUUUGAGUCUGGCAUUCUCCAGCUGAGUCAGUGGUUUAAAGAAGGAAAGCUAAAGAUUAAAGAGACUAUGAUAAAUGGAUUGGAAAACAUGGGAGCUGCAUUCCAGUCCAUGAUGACAGGAGGUAACAUCGGAAAGCAGAUAGUUUGCAUUUCAGAAGAAACCUCUUUGUUAUCUCUAUAAACAUCUUCAUUAUGAAA